AGCACGUGCCAAUAGGAAAUAUAUCAAAACAAUCACAAUCCACAACUAGAAGUAUUUUGAAAAUUUAACUUAUUCUGAAUAAGUAGAAAGUUCCCAAAAAAAAUGGAUAAUAAUGAAAUGGACUUAGAGUACGUCGAAGCUGAGGAUGACGAGGAUGCCGGCGAGGAGGGUAUGGAAAGCGAUAACGAAGAUGAAACGACGAGAACGGAGAAACCCAAAGAAGUGUACUUACCCGGAAAGCCAUUGAAAGAGGGCGAGGAGCUCGUGUGCGACGAGUCCGCCUAUAUCAUGUUACAUCAGGCCUCCACCGGUGCGCCAUGCCUCAGUUUUGAUAUCUUGCCCGACGAACUAGGCGCAGGCCGUGAAAAAUUCCCGCUGACUGCUUAUAUGGUUGCCGGUACGCAAGCAGCAAGUGCGCACGUUAACAAUCUCAUUGUGAUGAAAAUGGAUAAUUUACAUAAAACCCAGGAAAGCGAAGAGGAUGAUGAAGAUGACGAAGAAUUGGAAGAUGACCAAGACGAUAAUGGUGACGCCGACGAACGGAAGAAACCAAGAAUGACAUGUGCGCUGAUCAAGCAUCAAGGCUGCGUGAAUCGUAUUCGAGCACGGCGUUUGGGCGACAAAGUAUAUGCGGCAUCAUGGAGCGAACUAGGGCGUGUGAAUAUUUGGGAUUUGUCAAGACAACUGCAAGCGCUGGAAGAUGCCCAGCUACUAAAACAAUACGAACGUGAAGUGAUGAACGAAACGGUGCGCCCGGCUUACACAUUCAGCGGCCAUCAACAGGAAGGCUUCGCUAUAGAUUGGAGUGCGUGUGCCGACGGUGUGCUCGCCACGGGAGAUUGCAAACGUGACAUACACAUUUGGUCGCCUUUAGAAGGUGGCAGUUGGAAAGUGGAUCAACGUCCACUUGUAGGUCAUACUGCUUCCGUGGAAGAUUUGCAAUGGAGUCCGAAUGAGGCGAGCGUUUUGGCUUCCUGCUCUGUUGAUAAGACGAUACGAAUUUGGGACUGUCGUGCACCACCACAAAAGGCCUGUAUGCUGACAUGUGAUGACGCCCACCAAAGUGAUAUCAAUGUUAUAUCGUGGAAUGAUACCAAACCGUUUAUUGUUAGUGGUGGUGAUGAUGGCUUUCUACAUAUUUGGGAUUUAAGACAAUUUCAGACAAAGAAACCCAUUGCCACCUUCAAACAUCAUACCGGACCUAUUUCCACACUCGAAUGGAAUCCGAAUGAUGCUACAGUGUUUGCGUCAGCUGGUGACGAUGAUCAAAUUGCACUAUGGGAUUUAGCUGUCGAAAAAGAUACAGACCAGGAGUCCACGCCUAAUACAACUGGGCUAGAAGAUAGUGAAGAUGAAUUAAAUAAACUGCCGCCACAACUACUCUUCAUACAUCAAGGACAGAAGGAAAUAAAAGAGCUGCAUUGGCAUGCGCAAUUGCCAGGUGUAAUUUUGUCUACAGCACACAGUGGCUUCAAUGUAUUUAGAACAAUAAGCGUCUGAAAAUAAACCAAUGAUAUUUUACUA